UAAGUAAUUUUUAAAAAAUUUAAAAUAACAAUAAAAAAAAAUAAUAACAUUAUUAAAAAAAGAAUAUAAAUAAUUAAAAAAUAUAUAAUAAAUUACAAUGUCUUCGGAAAGUGCAGAAUUACCAAUUACAAUUGAAUUUGGAGGUGGAGCCGAACUUUUGUUUGGAAAUAAAAAAAAACAUCAAAUAAAUUUGCCUGGUAACAAAAAUUGGACAUUAAAAGAUUUAAUAUUUUGGAUCCGUGACAACUUAUUAAAGGAAAGAGAAGAAUUAUUUCUGCAGAACGACACAGUCCGACCGGGAAUCCUGGUGCUGGUAAACGAUUCAGAUUGGGAACUGCUGGGUCAAGGAGAAUACAAUUUGUCACCUAACGAUACCAUACUCUUCAUAUCAACGCUCCACGGAGGUUAAUUCACCUCGCACAUAUAUAUCAUGACAAUAAAAAAACUUGAAAUAAAUAAAUAAAUAAAUAAAAGAAAUCGAA